GCCCCCUGCCAUGUCGAGACGCAGCCGGAACAGCAGGGCGUGGCGCUACGUCUGGAGCGGCAUCAGACGGGACGCGGACGCCAGAGCCCUGGUCCUGGCCUCGGAGAGCGAGGAGUGGCAGUACGAGCGCCUGCAGUGCAGCGACUCGGACUCGGAGCCAGAGUUCCCCUCUCUCCUGCCGGCCGCUCCCAGUGCCGUGCCCGUGACGGGGGAGUCCUACUGCGCCUGCGACUCCCAGGCUGAGUCCGGCUACAACCCCCGCCUGCGCGCCUUCCACCGCGUCCGGGACUGCCGCUGCGGGGAGGACGACCAGGAUUUCGACUGGGUGUGGGACGACGGCAGCAAGUCCACCGCCUCCCUGCUGAGCUGUGACAACCGCAAGGUCAGCUUCCACUCGGAGUACAGCUGCGGCACGGCCGCGGUCCGCGGGUCCCGGGAGCUCGCACACGGCCAGCACUUCUGGGAGAUCAAGAUGACUUCCCCCGUCUACGGCACCGACAUGAUGGUGGGCAUUGGGACCUCAGAUGUGAACCUGGACAAGUACAGACACACCUUCUGUAGUCUUCUGGGGAAGGAUGAGGACAGCUGGGGGCUCUCAUACACAGGCCUGCUCCAUCACAGAGGGGACAAGGUGAACUUCUCAUCGCGUUUUGGCCAAGGCUCCAUCAUUGGGGUGCACCUGGACACGUGGCACGGGACCCUCACCUUUUUCAAGAAUCGCAAGUGCAUCGGGGUCGCCACAACGGAGCUGCACAACAAGCGGCUGUACCCCAUGGCGUGCUCCACGGCGGCCAAGAGCAGCAUGAAGGUGAUCCGCUCCUGCUUCGCGCCCACCUCCCUGCAGUACCUGUGCUGCGCGCGGCUGCGCGAGCUGCUGCCCGGCUGCGCGGACACGCUGGGGGCCCUGCCCCUGCCCCCGGGGCUGCGCCAGCUGCUGCGGCACAAGCUGGGCUGGGUGCUGAGCCUGAGCCGCCCGCGGCCCCCCUCGGGGCCCGCCGCGUCCUCCGGGAGCGACUCCGAGGGCGGCCUGUCCGACCCCGAGGCCUGGCAGAGGAAGCGCUGUCGCUGGACUUAGCCGACGGACGCGCGCGUCGCACACCCCCUCCCGGCCCUCCCGGCCCUCCCUCGGAGCCCGCGGACGGUUAACUCGCAACGGACUUCUGGCCAAAACCGACCCUGCUGGCCUCUGAAUUUUGGAAAAAUAAACUUUUUGCAUCGAUAUUUUGGUGCCACCCCCCACUUUUCCACUGCAAAAACCCCAAAAUAACAAACAUUUUAUUCUUACACUGAGACUUUAAAGUCGUAUAACUUUGUUUGACAAAUAAGAUGAAAACGUUGCCGAUGCGGUAAGACUCCUUUCAGGAUUUGCCAGUGGAAUAAGAGGAUUUCUCUUGCCAAGCGGACGUUGGCUUAACAAGCUAAUAGCUAAAAUCAAGCGAAUGGGUCAGUGCGUAGCCGGGUGGCUAGAGUACAUCACUAGGACCGAGAAGGUUGGUUGGUAGCCACGAUAAGAUCCGCGCAGCUGUUUGGCCCUCGAGCAAGGCCCUUAACCCACAUUGCUCGCAUCCGACGUCUUAUUUCUAGAUGAAAAUGUUCGUUACGGUGGUCUUUUUGCAGUGUUUUGAGCGGAAGUCACUUCCUGCGGCUCACGGCGGUCUGUCCAGUGUCAGAACGGGCUUGGCUGAGGUCACGACUGAGGACCGACCUCACUGCUGGGACGUCGCACGCCCUGUCCCCGUCCCAGGAACUGUACAUGGCACAACUUUAUAUGCAGAUUGCACAGUAUGAGGACGUUUUAACAUUACAUUUGCCACAAGGGUAUGCCGAACUCUCUUUAAAGAACUCUCUUUGGGGUGCAUUGUGGAGAUAUUCCGCGUUUGCUUAACCGUGUCUGACACAAUUCUGAUGCCAAACUCCCAGACCCUACUCCCUGUCCGCAGUCACAGCAGUGAGGGUAAUAAACGGAAUUAAUUAUACGAA